UCUCAAUCAUUCCUGUGUGCCUACUCCUUAGAAAAAGAUUUGUGACUUCAGCAUAUGCCUUCCAAUGUUACAGAGAUAGAUCUUAUAAGAUAUAAUCUCCCUCCCAAAAUUAAUUUCCUAAUAUGAAAUUCCUAAAGUUAAAACAAGGGGUGCUGUGGAAAACCAAGAUUCUCUAAGAUAUUGUGAAUAUCAGGAGAGAAAAUGUCCCAGGAUCUUGACCUCAAUUUACCUAAGGGACUGGAGCGAGAGGUUAUUUUAGAUGUCCUGUACCGUGACCAGAUGUUGAGAAUGGUGGAGGAAGACAGAAUAAGAAAACUGAAAAUGGAGCUGCAGCAGUGGAAAGGGGCAGAAGGUGCAAACUAUGAAUUUCGGGAGAAGUCGUGUGCCCGUUGUCAGAAGUCUUUUGGAGUGCUGUUCAAUAGAGGCGCAGUGUGCAACGGGUGCAGUCAUCAAGUAUGCUCUGGAUGUCGCAUCACUCUGAAUCCCUAUUUGUGGAAGUGCACUGUCUGCUACGCUCAUGAGGAAAUUAAAAUCAAAACAGGCGAGUGGUUCUUUGAGGAGCGAGCAAGGAAAUUUCCAGCUGAAGGUAGACACGAAACCGCUGGUGCAAAGCUCUUGAAAUCUUAUCAAAAACUACGUGACAUAUCGGUGGUUCCUCCGACUCCCCCUCCGUUUGCUGAAUCCACAGAUGGAACUAAUCCAGAGGAGCGUGACCAGAGUAAAAGUUUCCACAGGUCUAUGGAAAACUUAUUUCUGUCUUUUGCAACACAUAUGAGAAAAAUCUCAAAGUCCCAGAAUGAUGUGACAACUGAGAACCAUCUUCUAACAGCAAAUUACGGACAGCAAAAGGAUCCAGUGAAGGAGAGGAGAAGCCUGUCUGAUACUGCCAUUGAUAUUGCAUCCACGUUAAAUAAUACCCCAAGUCUUUACCGGCUCAUAAGUGGAGAACAAGAUGGUCAUGGAACUGCUUCCAAGAAGACUUCUAGUGAAGAGAUCAUUCCAUUGAGACCUAUAAGUGACACUGUAUUUUCUGCCGGCAUAAGACAUGGUAGCUUAUGCAGCAUUAACAGCACAUGCACUGAGGAUGGCAACUUUGAGUACGCUGACGUCAGUGGUGAAAUAGAAUUUGCCAUCCGAUAUAACUUCAAAUCUGGCAUUUUGGAAGUAUGCAUCAAGGCCUGCAAGAACUUGGCUUAUGGAGAGGAGAAAAAGAAAAAAUGCAAUCCGUUCAUCAAAACUUGCUUGCUGCCUGAUAAAUCUUCUCAGAGUAAACGGAAGACCUGUGUCAAAAAGAACACACUGGAUCCAACGUUCCAAGAAACGUUAAAGUACAAGAUUCAAUACUCCCAGCUGGAAACCCGACAGCUUCAGAUAUCCGUCUGGCACUCUGGAACUUUCAGACGUCAAGUAUUCCUUGGAGAAGUGGUGAUCUCAUUUGAAUCUUGGGAUUUUGAAGACAAUUCAACUCAGUCAUUCAGCUGGUAUCAACUUAAAUCAAAGCCUGAAAAGUCCGGAAAUAAUGUGGUCCAGUACAGUGGAGAACUUCUAGUGCGUGCAAGGCUGGUUUCAUCUUCCAUGCGUAACAAGUUCCAAUAUGAAGAGCAGACAAAAGAGAACACAAAGCCUUGGAUGGAAGACAGAGAACAGUGUGAUUACCAGCUUCAUCUUGUAAUACUUGGAGCCAACAACUUGCCCAUGAUAAAACCAGAUGGCCUACUGAACUCAUUUGUUAAAGGCUGCCUUUCCAUCCUGGGCCAGCGUGACUUAAAACAAAGGACUCCUGUGAUGAAGAAACAAGCCCAGCCACAAUGGAGGCACUUGUUUGUUUUUAACAGGGUUACCAUAUCUCAGCUGCAUCAAUCUUGUUUGGAUUUAACCAUCUGGGAUCAAGCACCCAUUGGUUUGCGUGAUCAGUUCUUGGGUGGAGCAAGACUUGGAAAACAAACAUCAACUGGCACUGUGGAUGCAACCCCACAAGCAUGUCUUCAGUGGGAAAAGAUGCUCAACAGCCCAAAUACGUGGACAGACAUAACACUUACACUGUAUCCAAAUGCUUCUGCAUUUAAGUUCUGAACAAUCAUGUUCAGAACAUCUCUCACUUUAACAGAAGAGGGAAAGUUAGUUGUAGCAUGCUCAGACAAGUAUGGAAGACCAGUUAUUUUAAUCCAAAAACAAUAAAAGCCAUGAAGAACAA